UACCGGAAGUAAAUGUUAAAUCCCAGAUUAGCUCUGCAAGAGCACGUCGCUCUUAUCUGAAUCAAUAUUCAGUCAUGCAAUGGGGAAAUAUGUGCCUGAAAUUAUUUUUUUAUUUGUCAUUUUUAGGAACUGUGGUUUAUUCCAAAGUGGGUCCGAAAGUAACGGAUAAGGUAUUUUUUGACAUCACUGUAGGAGGACAUGAGGUUGGCAGGAUUGUGAUCGGGCUUUUCGGAGAGGUUGUGCCUCUGACUGUGAAGAACUUUGUUACUCUCGCUUCUGGAGAGAAAGGAUAUGGUUACAAAGGAAGCAAGUUCCAUCGUGUCAUCAAGGACUUUAUGAUUCAAGGAGGGGACUUCACAUCUGGAGAUGGAACAGGAGGUAAAAGCAUCUAUGGAAAGACUUUUGCAGAUGAAAACUUUAAGCUAAAGCACCAGGGCACAGGCUGGGUCAGCAUGGCUAAUGCAGGCCCAGACACCAAUGGCUCACAAUUCUUCAUCACGUUAGCACGGGCUCCCUGGCUGGAUGGCAAGCAUGUUGUCUUUGGCAAGGUCUUGGAAGGCAUGACUGUUGUUCACACCAUUGAGCUCCAGGACACAAACGACAGAAAUAUGCCUUACACGGAGUGUGUUAUAGUGAACAGUGGGAAGAUCGAGGUCAAAGCACCAUUUGUUGUAGAAGUGGAGGGUUGGUAGUAUCGCACACAACACAGCUCUGGACUUAAUUUUCCUUCCUUCAUCCUGUAAAGUUCUCCCUUCUCUAUUCCCCGCUCUACGGAAGCCCUAAGCAGUCAUGUAUUAUUAUUAUUAUGUUUUGUAUUAUUAUCUUUCUCGUGAUCACAACUUCAUUUUCUCCUGAUCUCAACAUAACAAAAUUGUUGUUUUCUCGUGAUAUUUUCUCAUGAUCACGGCUUAAUUUUUCUGUGUACUUGACAUUACAUGUUUUUAUUGUUCUGGGGGCAACAAAAGCUUAGCGUAAUCCCGCAGCAUCAUGGAUGAACAAAUUAGUUUUUACUUUGAUCACGGACUCAAGCUGAAACAGCUACAUGUCUGACAGUGAUUGACAAGUUUCACAUUAGUGUCCGACACUUGACAAGACAAGGGGACACCCUUCUCUCUUAAUGUGGAGAUAAAGUCCAUUUCUAUAGCGGGCAUUUAAUUAAAUUUAUGAUGACGAUGUUGGAGACACCAAUGUGCAUGCAAAACCAGUCCCAUUUUCUCAAGAUUUUCUUGUGAUAAAAUUAUAUUGUGAGAAAGCAGCUUUUGUUAUGUUGAGAUCACAAGAAAACAACUUUUUAUUACGUGGAUAUCAUGAGAAAAUUAAGUUGUGAUCACUAGAAAACAAUAAGAGAAAAAAAUAAUAAUGCAUGGCCACUUCUGGGGCUUGCUGUACUCCUCCAUCCUGAACAGUAUUACAGUGGAGAGUGAAUCUAUGUUUAACAAAUAGUUUGCAUUUUGAAAUGAGGAAAAGCAGCCAAUAAAUCAUCAGCAUUUUUGGGUAAUUCUUCACGACUGUUAAACAUCCCAAGUGGCUUAUGAAGCUGGUUUCCAAGCAUGCGCAAAGCAACCAUCAGUGUACUUUGAAGUAUCUAAAAUAUAGUAAUAAUAAUAAAAUAUAAAACUUUUUUCCACUUACUUUAUAGUUCUGAUGCAUUCACUAUUGAAAAUAGAAAUGGGUAGGUUUGUCUAAACAUACUGUGUAGUACUCUAUAUUGCUAUUUUGGAUUAAAUCAAAUUUGAUAAUUCUAUGAUUCAAACUGAAACAACCCAGAGUAAUAAAGGAACAGGCCAAGGAUAAGCUAAGGUUCUCAUGUAAUAUGUAGUAACCAUAUUCAUGUAUACAUACAUGUUCUUUCUAUGACACAUUUAAAUGGCUAAAACAUAUCAUUUGAUUAUAUAAUCAUAAUUAUUCAAGGAUGCAAUCACUCAUGUGCCAAAUAUGUAUGUACUUGGAUGCCAAAUUAGUGUACUCGCAAAACACAUUUACAGUAUUAAGGGUUCAAAAGUAGAGCAUAUUUGUGUAAUAUAGGAAACUAAUUCUCACACCUAAUGGUAUUAAUUAAUUUAGGAGUCCUGGUGCCAAAAACAAAUAUACUUGAACGUAUUGUGUCAAUUAAUUUAAUUACAUGUUUUAGAUGAAAUUUUAAGAAGUUGGCUAGUCCUAUUUCUAUAGAGUAUUUUAAAGAAUACAGUCACUGUAUAUCAAAAACAGCCUGUGUUGUUGGUGCAGUAUUGAACAAUUGUUGAUUCUUGUACAAAAUCUGUGUUCAUGGCCCUUUAAUUUACAGAUUCUUAAAAUCAACACUUUUUGUCUUGUAUUUUAAAUGUUUUAUUUGAAUAUCAGCUGAAGUAUAUUUUCUAUAUUUUACAUUAUUCAAAUUAAAUCAUAAACUAUUAGUAACUAUUUCACUUUGCAUUAAAUGAUUUAUGUAAAGACCUGGAAUAAACUCUUCUACCCUAAA